AUGGAGAAUGCGCGGGAGGCACACUCGCCAGUGGCUCUCGCUAGCGACCCCCGCCUUGCCAAGCUGCCAGCGCAGUGGCUGAGGACCAGCAACGGCAGCGACCCAUUGCCGGACCCCAGCAGCGGGCCCAUCUACAAAGUCAAGAGUCGGGGAGAAGAUCGGCAGCGGCUUGAACUCCGGACAGAUGAAGGACUGUGCGAGCUGUGCAAGGAGCCUGGCAGCGUUGCGCGGAUGGACGAGUUCCGGCGCUGGGACCUGAAACUGAGUGACGUCAACCAGCUGAUGGACCAUUACGACCAGCUGGCCGGAUACGUCUCCAGGGAGGUGCCGCAGAACACGCUCUUCUGUGGCCCUGUGGCAGAGGAGACCUGGCGCAUGAGGAGGAAGAACAAGACUGGCACGCGCAUUCACCGACUAAAUCCCAACCUGUCUUGCAACGACUCCCAGUUCACGAGCCACGCGCAUGCGCGCUUCUUCCUGGAGCCCUGCGACGAGACGGCGCCCACCCGCGAGGAGGCCCCCUUCCAUCCGCGGAAGCUCAACAAGUUCGGCUACAUGGAGUUAGAACAGGACAAGUUCUGA